CUCCUCCCUUUCUCCCUCCUCCUGUUAUUUAUUCAUAAAUUCAUCCUCUGGUAAAGCGCCGAGGAGGAGAGCGAAGGAGCGUUACUCGGAAGGCGGUCGUCGGACUCCAUGAUGGGAUUUCCAUUCUGUUGUCUUUGGACCCUGAAUAGGUGCUGAUCUCCGUUUGCCAAAUUCUACAAACAAAAUUCUGACACCAUGGAAACCUCCCCAAAUAUUUCUAAAAGCAAGAAGGCCGUCGUCCAAUCAGAAGGCCCGAUUCCAGAGGAGGCGGGGCUUGCACAUGCCCUCAUCAACACCGAUCCCAACGCCAACUAUGGGGCGGAGCCUAACUUCAACCUCAACCUCACUCUGACUUCGCCAACUAAUCCUCGCCCAGCCGCCGAGACCUCGAAGCUGCACGGAGGGAACAAAAAGGAUGAUGGGAAUAAAGGAGGCGGGGCAAAAGGAGCGGUUGCUACAGAAACCGGCAAGUUGGCGAGCACCCUGGCGAGCCCUGUGAUGUCACCAGGGGAAGGAGAUGAUCCGCCGCGACAAAAAAGCAAAAUUCCAGCUCGCUCACCAACAACCGAGGCGCCGCAAAGGCUGAAAUCCCCAAACCCCAAACGUACUCCCACACUCAUGGCGGCAAGUCCAAAACCCUACCAAGUGGAACAAACAACCAUCGCUAGCAGCCCCAGAACAACCGAAAGACUCAAAACAGAAGUACAGAGAACUGAACCUGCAAGCGUAACAAACCCCAAACCACUUCUGACAACUGGACCGACGACAAAGACAACGAACAAGAUAACAGUUACCCCAAAAAUGCAAACACAAGGAAAAGAAGUUAGUCUUGAGACAGAGUCGCCAAAAACGCUUCCUGUAAGCCUGAACGUCCACAAUCAGAAAGGGGAUUCAAACAGUCCUAAACUUGCCAAUCAAACCCCAACAAUGACAACCAAAACCCCAAAACUAGACCCAGAAAGCACCACACACGACUCAAGAUCUCACAGCUCCGAGACGCCGCCUGUAGGGCCAAAAUCGCAAAAUCAGAGAGCUGAAAUGGCGCUGCUCUCUGCCAAGACUCCUCGAUCGAGUUCCCUAAGUCCCAAACCAUCCACGCAGGGGAAAGCUUCUGGGAUCAGAACCCGCGACGCAUCAGGGUCCAAGGAGAAUCUUGAUUGUAAAGAUUCAAGUGUUGGUUCUGGAUCCAAAACCAGUUCCAAAUCCAGUUCAAACUCUAAAGUCACGGACAGUCUGAAUCCUAAAACUGGCUCAAAUUCCAAAGCCAGUCCCAACUCCAAAACAGCAAUGGGGUCCAAAGAUAGCCUGGAUUCUAAAAGCGGUUCUGCUUCCAAAACCAGUUGGGGGUCAAAGGACAGCUUGGACUCCAAAACUGGCUCCAAUUCCAAAGCCAGUCCCAGUUGCAGGUCCGGGAUGGGUUCAAAAGAUAGCCUUGAUUCUAAGACUGCAACUGAAAUCAACGCAAGCAAAACCAGUCCAGAUUCCAAGACGGUUGUCGGUUCUAAAUCUGGCAUGGGGUCAAAAGACAACCUAGAUCUUAAAACUCUCAAAACCAGUUCAAGUUUUAAGAUGGGCUCUGAGUUGAAUCUCAGCUCUAAUUCUGGUGUUCUCUCCAGUUCUAAACCCGGUCCGACCCGUUCAACUUCUAAACCUUCUCUGGCGGCCUCUGGCUCCAAGAUGGACCUUGUUGUUUCCCCGUUGUCUUCUAGAACUGGUCUGUCUGGGUCCAAAGACAACAGCCUCAAGGCUGCAAGCUCCAGUGCUGAACUCAGUCCAGAUCCUAAAGCUGGUUCAUAUUCUUCUAAACCUGGACCAGUUCGGUCUAGCUCAAAGUCAGCUCUGGCAGAUUUGUCUCAGUCCUUGACGCUCUCACCUAGACCAAGUCCAGCAAGUAGGAGUCCUGGGUCUGGUCCUGGCAAAACUCUUGGUUCUAGUCCAUCUGGACCAAACAGGGAGGUCCUGAAGAGUCCCGGUUCUGCUCCAGGUUCUGGUCUGAUUUCAGGCCGUAUGGCUCCUCUGGGAACCUCCACCCCAAAAAAACAGAACCACCGUUGCCUUGACAAUGAUGAGAGGAUCCACACCAGAGCCUGCAGCGGUUGCAUCUGUCGCUGUGGAAACGAACACCAGCAGCGGUCUUACUCGGGGUCUCACCUUUGACUCUAUCGCCAAGACGUCGGCGAAAACGGGCGGUGCCGACGAGGAGGAACAUUUGAAACCGCCGGAGACCAAAGUGACAGCUGUAGAAGGACCGGUGGUGUCCCAGGGGGCCGUGCAAGGGGUGGAUGUGACUGACAA